AUGUAACCUGACCCGGUCCACUUCUCCAUUUCCUUAGCAUCAAAGCUAAAAAGAUUUUAAAUCCAAAUCGAAAAGUUUCCAAUAUUCAAAUUCUAUUCCUGAUUUCGGUUGAUUGAUCUCGGUUGAGAGCGAGUUUCAGAAAUGGCACGGAUGUCAUCGUUAGAGAUGAUCGUGACCAACACGCCGGCGAAAGAUCUCGCCUACACCAACUUCGCAUAUUGCUCCCAGGCAGAUCUCCGGAACUUUGUCGUUCCGGGGACGAAAAUGGCCUACGCUAUCGUGGCCGAUGCUUACGUUCUUUCCAUUUCUGCGCAUGAUUCUAUUUCCAAUGGCCAAAUUGGUCUUAAUGUUAUUCAUCGCCGAUAUGCGAAGGUUUCUACUGGGGACUCCAUACCUGUGAGCAGAUUCAUCCCACCUGAAGAUUUCAAUCUUGCUUUGUUGACCCUUGAAUUGGACUUUGUAAGAAAGGGAACAAAAGAUGAGCAGGUUGAUGCUGUUCAGAUGGGUAAUCAAAUUCGAAAGAGAUUUGUAAAUCAGGUUAUGACAGCUGGACAAAAGGUGACAUUUGAAUACCAUGGCAAUGGUUAUAUCUUCACUGUUAAUCAAGCUCAAAUUGAGGGACAUUCAAAAUCAAAUAAAAUUGAAAGAGGGCUACUUUCUUCGGAGACAUAUAUUAUUUUUGAAGCUGCAAAUGGAAGUGGAAUAAAGAUAACCAACCAGCGUGAAGCUGCUAGUAGCAGCAUUUUCAGGCAGAAAGAGUUCAACCUGGAGUCAUUAGGUAUUGGUGGUUUGAGUGCCGAGUUUGCUGAUAUAUUUCGAAGAGCUUUUGCUUCCAGGGUUUUUCCUCCACACGUCGCAUCUAAACUUGGCAUCAAGCAUGUUAAGGGAAUGCUCCUUUAUGGGCCACCUGGUACUGGGAAGACACUAAUGGCUCGACAGAUAGGAAAGAUGUUGAAUGGCAAGGAACCAAAGAUUGUCAAUGGACCUGAAAUUUUGAGCAAAUUUGUUGGUGAAACUGAAAAGAACGUGAGAGACUUAUUUGCUGAUGCCGAACAAGACCAAAGGACCAAAGGUGACCAGAGUGAAUUGCAUGUUAUUAUUUUUGAUGAAAUUGAUGCAAUCUGUAAGUCCAGAGGUUCAACAAGAGAUGGAACUGGUGUACAUGAUAGCAUUGUGAACCAGCUUCUCACAAAGAUUGAUGGUGUGGAGUCUCUUAAUAAUGUUUUGCUUAUUGGAAUGACAAAUAGAAAAGACUUGAUUGAUGAAGCACUAUUGAGGCCUGGACGAUUGGAAGUUCAAGUGGAGAUAAACCUUCCUGAUGAAAAUGGUCGUUUGCAAAUUCUCCAGAUUCAUACAAACAAAAUGAAAGAGAAUUCUUUUCUUGCUCCGGAUGUGAACUUGCCAGAACUUGCUGCACGAACAAAAAAUUAUAGUGGUGCUGAGCUUGAAGGUGUUGUGAAAAGUGCUGUAUCGUUUGCUCUGAACAGGCAACUGAGCCUUGAUGAUCUUACCAAAUCAGUAGACGAAGAGAACAUAAAAGUGACAAUGGAUGACUUCUUGCAUGCCCUUCAUGAAGUCAUCCCUGCGUUUGGCGCUUCUACUGAUGACCUUGAGCGCUGCAGGCUUAAUGGUAUUGUGGAGUGUGGUCAACGGCAUGAACACAUCUAUAGAAGAGCUAUGCUCAUGGCAGAACAAGUUAAAGUCAGUAAAGGGAGCCCCCUUGUUACUUGCCUUCUAGAAGGCCCCAGUGGCAGUGGUAAGACUGCAAUGGCAGCAACAGUCGGUAUUGAAAGUGAUUUUCCAUAUGUAAAGAUAAUCUCUGCAGAGACAAUGAUUGGAUUAAGUGAGGGUAGUAAAUGUGCUCAAAUUGUCAAGGUUUUUGAGGAUGCUUACAGAUCGCCACUAAGCAUAAUCAUCCUUGAUGACAUUGAAAGGCUACUUGAGUAUGUUGCCAUUGGCCCUCGAUUUUCAAAUUUGAUAUCCCAGACAUUGUUGGUGCUCCUCAAGCGGCUUCCUCCAAAGGGUAAAAAAAUUCUUGUGAUUGGAACUACCAGUGAGGUUGGUUUCUUGGAGUCAGUUGGUGUUCGUGAUGCGUUCUCAGUCACACAUCAUGUCCCAACAUUAAAGACAGAGGAUGCUAAGAAGGUGUUAGAGCAACUUAAUGUGUUCUCAAGGGAGGAUGUUGAUUCUGUUGCUGAUGCAUUAAAUGAUACGCCAAUCAAGAAACUCUACAUGGUCAUUGAAAUGGCUGCUCAGGGCCAGCACGGUGGGAGAGCAGAAGCCAUUUUCUCCGGAAAAGAAAAGAUCAAUAUUUCACAUUUCUAUGAUUGCUUCCAGGAUAUUGUUCGAUACUAGUUUAUGUCUGCCCAAGUUUAGGUUCAACCAAUUUCACGGCCAUAUUUGUAAUUCUUUGAGCCACAACCAUUUUGAGUGCCACCAUUUUUCUGGGCUUAUUAAAGUAGUGUCAUAAAACUCUGGUUUUAUAACUGUUGUCCUUUUUAUAUAAUACGCUGUAUGCUUGUAGUGUCGACUCAAGCAAACGAGCUCAAACAUUCACGGAUGGACUGAGAAUGUGAUCGGGAUAGUAAUAUGGAAUUAUCAAUUGUAGGGUGUGA